AUGAUUCAUGGAUUAGGGUUCAGCUAUUAAUAAAGAAGCCCAUGCUUCCUUAUUAUUCCGUUUCCACUCUCCAGUGUGCGUUGCCCUAGCUCUGGUUUCGCAACUCCAACAUGGCGAGAGGAUUGAAGAAGCAUUUGAAGAGGCUCAAUGCCCCCAAGCAUUGGAUGCUUGACAAAUUGGGUGGUGCCUUUGCUCCUAAACCCUCAUCUGGACCACACAAGUCAAGGGAAUGUCUGCCACUCAUUCUCAUUUUGCGAAACAGGUUGAAGUAUGCUUUGACAUACCGUGAGGUCAUUGCCAUUCUGAUGCAACGCCAUGUCCUUGUUGACAACAAAGUCAGGACCGACAAGACCUAUCCAGCUGGAUUCAUGGAUGUUGUGUCAAUUCCCAAAACAAAUGAGAACUUCCGCCUGCUUUAUGACACCAAAGGCCGUUUUCGUCUCCACUCAGUCAGGGAUGAUGAGGCUAAGUUCAAGCUCUGCAAGGUUCGCUCAGUUCAAUUUGGACAGAAAGGUAUCCCAUACCUAAACACUUAUGAUGGUCGCACUAUCCGCUACCCAGACCCUCUCAUUAAGGCUAAUGAUACAAUUAAGCUUGAUCUUGAGGAGAACAAGAUUGUUGAUUUCAUCAAGUUUGAUGUUGGGAAUGUAGUUAUGGUUACUGGUGGAAGGAAUAGGGGUCGUGUUGGAGUGAUCAAGAACAGGGAGAAGCAUAAGGGAACUUUUGAGACAAUCCAUGUUCAGGAUGCUACUGGCCAUGAAUUUGCAACUCGAUUGGGCAAUGUGUUCACUAUUGGCAAGGGAACCAAGCCAUGGGUAUCUCUUCCCAAGGGUAAGGGUAUUAAGUUAACCGUCAUUGAGGAAGCUAGAAAAAGGGCUGCUGCAGCCCAACAAGCAAUUGCUGCUUAAAUCGUUAUUGAAUGAGUUUACAAUAGACUUGAGUGUUUUCUAGUUUUAUUCCAACUUAUUUGGUUUCUGAUGUCUGAGUUUUUAUCAGUUGAAUUUUGACUUUUGAACUAUACAUCUGUUAUUGUGCUUGCUAUAUUUAUUCAUGAAGGAAUAUUUUCAUUCCGUAGUUUUGAAUUA